CAGUCGACGACAACCCAAAACUUCAGCACAAUGGCCUCCUCAACCCCUCUCCUCUUUCUGAGACCCAUGGCCCUCCCUCGGCCAUCGACUCUCCACCGCUUUCUAGGAAUAGCAAAAGCCUCCACAACAGCGACGACUUCAUCCUCCUCACCAGGCCCUCCAACACCAACCAAAGCAGCAGCAGCAGCAGCAGCACAGCCAAAACCCUACCGAGUAACCCUCACGCCUAGCAAGAACUACCCAAUCUACACACUGGCCAAGCGAGGCGGGAAUAUGAAGCUCACAAGACUGAAGAGGAUAGAAGGUGAUGUAAACGCGCUGAGAAACGAUUUACGAGAGGCAUUUGGGAUGGACGAGAAAGAGGUGACGAUUAAUCAACUGACGAGGCAUAUUAUUGUGAAGGGACACAAGAAACCAGAGAUUGAGAAGUUUUUGAAGGAGCAUCACUUGUAG